GACUCUCGCGCAGUCGCCGGUGACAUCGCGCGAUGUUUUUAGUGCUAUGGCGUACCAGGAAGGGGAGUCGCUUGAAUCCUGGCUCAAUAAAGCCACCCAUCCAACAAACAGACAGGAGGACUGGGAGUACAUCAUUGGCUUCUGUGAUCAGAUCAACAAGGAACUGGAAGGUCCUCAGAUCGCUGUAACUCUACUCGUCCACAAAAUCCACUCACCACAAGAAUGGGAAGCUCUUCAGGCUCUGACCGUAUUGGAGGCGUGUAUGAAGAACUGCGGGAGAAGGUUUCAUAAUGAAGUUGGAAAAUAUAGAUUUUUAAAUGAGCUGAUUAAAGUCGUGUCACCAAAGUACAUGGGUGGCAGCGCGCCUGAGAAAGUGAAGAUGAAGAUUGUAGAGAUGCUGUACAGCUGGACGGUGGCAUUUCCAAAUGAAACCAAGAUCAGCGAAGCCUACCAGACGCUGAGAAGGCAGGGCCUCGUGACACGGGACCCAGAGUUACCGCUGGACAGGACUCUGAUUCCUUCUCCUCCGACACGCCCUAAACAUCCAGUGUUUGACAAUGAGGACAUGGGCAAGCUGCUUGCUGAGCUUCUCCGGAGUAAAAAUCCAGAGGACCUGCAGGAAGCCAACAGACUAAUCAAAAACAUGGUGAAAGAGGAUGAAGCACGAGUACACAAGGUCACAAAGCGUAUACACACGCUGGAGGAGGUGAACAUCAAUGUCAAGUUGCUGACGGAGAUGCUGUCCCACUACAAUAAAGACAGCUCCACUGACUCAGACAAGGAGAUCAUUAAGGACCUCUACGGGCGUUGUGACAAGCUGAGGCGUGCUGCUUUCAAAAUGGCCACUGAGACGGAGGACAACGAUGGCAGUUUAGGUGACAUCCUGCAGGCCAGCGAUGACCUCUCCAGGGUCAUCAACUCCUAUAAGAAGAUUGUUGAGGGGCAGCCCAUCAACGGUGACAGUGAGGAACCCACAGCUGGUCACAGUGAGAGUGAGACAACAGAGACACUGAUCGACCUCGCCGGCCUUGACACUCCGAGUCCCCCUCAACCUGCUGCCCCUCCCUCCCAGCCCUCAAAUCCUGUCUCCACCAGUCCCAUGGCUUCCUCUAUCCCUGUCCUACCUCCUCCUCCCAAACGCCUAGCCGGCUCCCAUGGCAGUCAGAGCAACAGCCCGAGUCACCCCCCCCUCGACAAGGCCUCGGCCACGCUCUCUCUCCUCGAUGAUGAGCUGCUGUCUCUAGGACUGAACGACCCCCCUACCUUUCUGAGCAGCCAGUCAAAACCUAAGCUGAGCGAACUGUCCAAUCAGUGGACGUCCUUGCAGGCUCCAGCUUCAAGUGUGGAUAUGUUUGGCAGCCUAGCUUUUUCUGGUCCAGUGGUGCCCCCAGCUGAACCAGCUGCUGCCACACACAGUCUCCAGAACCUGCAGGACCUGGCCUUGAUGGGCUUUUCAGAUCUCAAGUGUUUGUCCAGCCAGAUGACGGCCAGAGGAAGCAGCUUUGGAACGCCUGCAGCAGCACCUCCCCUCGUACCGGGGCAGGGUUCUCCUUCCUCAACCUCUUUUCUCCAGGGCACAAUGCCCAGCUCCCCCGCUCUGUCCCACGCCAAGGCCCAGAGCCUGGGCUCGGCCCCGGGCAGCCCUCUGUUCCGCUCUCUGUCCCCCUGCCACCCUCCCCUCCAGGGAAGCCCGGCCAGACCCACAGACACCUCCCUGAGCAAUGUGCACGUCCCUCUGGAGGCCAUCAGACCGAGUAAAGUGCUGCCUGUGACGGCCUACGAUAAGGACGGUGUUCGCAUGCUCCUCAACUUUGCAUCUGACUGUCCCCCAGGCAGGCCCGAUGUGUUGGUAAUGGUGGUGUCCAUGCUUAAUACAGCGCCCCUGCCUGUUUACAAUGUUGUACUGCAAGCUGCUGUUCCCAAGUCAAUGAAGAUGAAGCUGCAGCCUCCAUCAGGAACAGAACUGGCACCAUUUAACCCUAUCCAGCCUCCAGCCUCCAUUACCCAGAUCAUGUUGCUGGCCAAUCCAACAAAGGAGAAGGUGCGUCUGCGCUACAAGCUGGCUUUCACACUAGGAGACCGUCCGUGCAACGAGGUUGGAGAGGUCGAUCAGUUCCCCCCACAAGAGACAUGGGGUCAUCUAUAGCAAUGCGCAGGCCUGCUACCAGUCAGCAGGGACAGACCAGUUCAUGCUCCAUGAAGGGGUGUGAGUGUGUGCGUUCACAUCCAUCCCAGAGAGAAAGGAGGGGAAAUUCAGCUGCACUCUACCUUUCAGCUUCACAUUCCUUAUAGUUGUUCUUUUGUUUGGCCAUUGUUAUUACUGGCAGUGAGAAGCAAACAGCAGACACUAAAGUUUUAUUUACUCAGUGCUUGUGUACCUUUCUGCAGAUAGCUAACAAACUAAAGAUAUACACUGACACGUAAGACAGCCAUGGUGUUUACAGGUUGACAGUAUUGAGAAAAUAUUUUAAUGGAUUUCCCCCAAGAUAAAUAUAACAGAUGUGAAUGUAUAUAAAUCAUCAGUGCAUUAGAGCUCAGCCUCAGACUGGACAGACAGGACAGACAGGAUGCACUGCAGGAUAACAAAGUAUUACAAAAAGAAAUGAACCGCUAAGCUAACAGAGCCUAAGAGACAAACUCUUUUAUUUAUUCUUCUGGCUGAGCAGUGUCUUAGCCCAUGGAAAAUAUACUUGAAAAUAUCCAGAAAUGUGGAAAUGGGAUCUGGUAGAGUUAAACAGGAAAAUAUCUGUUAAAGUAAAAAGUACUGUCACAUAGUCAUUGCUGCAGGAAGAUAGUUGACUGUAAUGUGAUUAUUUCAUCCAUUGUGAUUUUUGACGUAAAGGUCCAGUGUGUAAUAUUUAGGAGGAUCUAUUGACAGACAUGCAAUACAAUAUACAUAACUAUGUUUACAGCGGUGUAUAAAGACCAUACAUAAUGAACCGUUAUGUUUUAUUACCUUAGAAUGAGCCAUUUCUAUCUACAUAAACCGCAGGUCCUCUUACAUGGAGGUCGCCAUGUUGCGCCGCCAUGUUUCUACAGAAGCCUUAAUGUAUAAACGGCGCUGCAGAGCACGUUUCAUCACUACACUGAAUACAUACAAAGAAGUAGUAGUAGUAGUAGUAGUAGUAGUAGUAGUAGUAGUGAUCUGGUUUAUUAGAAGUAAGAAGAGAAAUUUGCACAGAUGGAGGCCCACACAUUAUUUAGCACAGGAGCAGACAUCAUGUCGGCCACCGUUUCGUCUGCGCGCUUGGAGUGGUGAGCAGCGACUGAUGGUGUAUUUGUUUUUCCUCCUUAAAUCUUUAUUGCAAAAAGAGAAAUAAAGUGUACAUGGGACAUUAAGAAGUAUACAGAACUUUGAUUAGUGCAAAAUCACGUGUUGCA